GGAGUCCAGAACAACAAUGAAGUCUCUCCGAUUCAUUAGUGCUGAAGCAUUUGUGUCAAAUGCGGAGUUUGCCAGGAAGAGUCUUGGUGCUGUUGCCCAUGAUCUUUUUCCGCUUCUUUUUAAAGCCAGCUAUUUACUGGAGCAAGGGGAAGUGAUUCAUGACUUGGUAGAGAACUGGCCACUUUUUGAUUUUAACAUGGGAAAACUUUUGGGAGCUACUCUGGACUGCCAGGAUGACCUGAGAUAUAGAACAUGCUCAGUGUGCUUGGAAAGCUGUCUAACAGGGCUGCGAGACUACGUGCUGAAUCAGUCUUCUCUCUGCAUGAAAAAGUUGAGAGUGGUCGACCUGACGGGUAUUAAAGAUGUUGAAGUUCAGUUUUGUAAGUGCAAGAAGACAAUGGAGAGGAACUAUGAGCUGGUUGUGCAGGCCCUGUUGAAGAAAUGCAGUUGUCCACUGAAAAUCUGCUGUGUGGCAUUCAGAUCUGACAACCUAACCUUGCAGAAAUUCUUCUGUAUCAUAAAGCUCACCGAUCCCUCCUUGUUGCACAAACUGGAAAUAGUUCAUAAUGUUCACUUGGAAAUGGAACACUUGGAAAUCCUCUUCAACAGUAUCCACUUCCCUCUAUUGAUGUCCUUGACCUUGCCAGCACGGACAUUUAAUGUGCGGAAGUUCACAGCUACAGAUGAACAGAUGCUAACUAACAUUGGAGAAAAGAUGGGAGAAAUGAUGCAGCUCACUGAGCUGAGUAUGUCAUUUUCUAUACUCACUGGAAGAAUACAGAAACUUCUCAGCCCACUAAAAUCUCCAUUGAAGAUGCUGGAUGUUUCUAACUGCUCCUUGAACCAUGCUGAUAUGGCCUUUUUAGCCAAUAGCUUCCAUGCCAAUCACUUGGAAGUCCUGGACCUGAGUGGUCACGAUAUACCUGAGCUUUUUCCAUCAGCAUUCUUUAAGCUCCUCAGCCACUGCUCUUCAGUGCUCAGGAAUCUUACACUAGAGGACUGUAAUAUCCAAGACACUCAUGUAAACAUGUUGAUUUUAGGUUUAAGUCCUUGUCAGAAACUACAGGAGUUUAAGUUUAUUGGAAACCCACUGUCAUCCCAAGCACUUAAACACCUUUUCACAUUUCUCUGUGAAUUGCCAAUGCUGAAAAAUGUGGAGUUCCCAAUUCCAAAGGAUUGCUACCCUAUUGGAAUCACCUACCCCAUUGAUGAUGCCGAUCUUUGCAGAUUUGAUCACCAAAAAUAUGAACGGGUAGCAGAAGAGCUUAACCUCAUUUUACUCAAAGCAAAUAGAGAGGAUGUGAAGGCUUCAACGCCACUCUUUGGGAGUUACGAUGCAGCUGUUCAGGAGACAAACAAUGAACUGGGAGCUUACUUGAUCAAGUCUUUCAAAGAGACUUUAGAGAAGUUCACUACUUCAUUUAACAAAAUGAGUUAAAUUUGUAAAAUUGUAAAGUGAUGAUGAGAUGAUCUGCCAAAUCAGAACUUAAAUUCUUCUCUAGAAUUGCACCUUCAAUCAUCAGUUGUGAAUUUUCUUUAAUUUACUAUUAUUUGAAUAGCCUCUAAUCACCUGAGGUAUUGCAACUUAUGCUAUUAUCUAUUGCAUAUACCUUACACAAGCACUACUUGCUCAUAAAAGACGAGAGGACACAAUAGCACAUAAUUUUAUACAAAUCUACUUUUUCUCGGUAAAUCAAAUAGAUGUUUAAGUUUGGCUGAUUUCUUAUACAGGUUUCCUUAGAUUUGUCAAGCUGGUCUGGUACCCCUGCAGAAAAAACAGGGAAGUUGUUUCCCAAGUCCAGCAAGAUGUUCAAAAUAUUGUGCACAUAUCUCACAUGUGACCCCUAAACUGAUUUUUUUCCCCUCCUCAUAACCUGAAUUCACCAAUCUGUGUUUUAUGCAGUAAAUUCCCAGUAAUGGAGGAUAUGUAACAGCCUCCGUAUCCCUAUGCUUCUUUCUUCUGCAGAGGCAAAUGCAAUAACCAGAAUUUGUCUUAAUACAUUGCUCUUGGUGACGAGUAAAAUUCCAUACUGAGGAGGCAGCAAAUCAAAUAGUUGGCUGACAGCAGGGAAUCUCAUCCCACUUACCCAGCAAUAUUAAGCAGUCUGUGGGGACUCUGCUGAUGUUCUUGCAAUGUGUAUUUUAGAAAGGCAGACCAGGCACAGCCAUGCCUCUCAUGAUAGAUGGUUAGUGCCCCAAGGUACUCCCUUCCUGAAAUCAGCUUUUUGACUGAUAGAAUGUACCCUGCUCCUUUCACCCAUUUUAAAGAAAGUCUAGGAUUGUGGUAAUACUGCAAAAGAGACUAGUGCUGAAAACACACGCAAAAACCCAAAAAAUUCCCAAUGGUGAUUUAAAAAUGUGGAAAAGAGACAAGGCUGGUUCUGAGUAAGUAGAAGUUCAUCAGUGUAAAACAUUGCCGGUGUUCUAUCAGGACUGUGUAUUCGCUACGGACUUGCAAACAGUUAAGGAAAAAUCGCAUUUAUUUGUCAAGCUUUAGUGCAAGGAAAGUAUUAGAGUGACAGAGUAAACAGUAUCUCAGACUCCACACAUGCAGCACUGGAGCAUAGAUACAGGGGCCAAGCGGAUGUCAGGACAGUAAGGGCAACAAGACGCACAUCUGGGGAGGGUACUAUAAUUGGGUCCUGAGUGUUAAACAAGUGCUACUCAGCUUCUCACCUGUACAACUAGAGACUUGGUUAGCUUCUAGAUAAUAAUAAUAUUAACAAACAAACACAACCCCCCCAAAUAAACAAAAAAAAACAAUAAAAAAACCACCCCCCCACAAAAAACCCCCUCAGGUUAAUGCACAAUUAUCUGCCAUUAAAUAUACUUUAACAGUUCAUGAAAACUGGAUCAAACAUGACAAAGUGCAUGUUUGUAGGAGGAGCUGAAGGUGUCAUUGUAGUAUUAAGGAUCAACAUUAAAAUAACUAGGACAGUUUAUUUGAAACAAUACUGGGCGUCAUCAUCUGAGGGUAAGGAAAAUUUUUUUUUCAUUUAGACAGAGCUGAUUUGUCAAGCUUUCUGUUUAUCUACAGUAGGAGUUUGAAAGCAACUCUUAACCUAAUUUAUUAAAAAAAACCCCAAACAAAACAAGAAUUAAUGGACUGAGUAGCAAGCAAAGCUUACGGGUUCCACAGCAUUAAUUGAAACGAUUUUUUUUUUUACAUCAGCUUACAUUCUAACAUGUUUUAUUGAUUAAACGUAUGAUGGUAAAAUUAAAAGUGAAUUGUCAUGACCUGUUUAUGUUUACAGAGCACUAAAAAUAUAAAAAGGUAGUCUUAAGUUGCUAAACUAAGGAAUUGUGAAUAGUAAAUGACAGAAUUGGGUUCCAUAUGACCUUGCUUAUAUUUGGACAGAAUUCCACAUGUUCCUCUAUCCUUGCCUCUACUCCACCUUUUCUUCCCUCUGACCUUGCCAUUCUUUUCAUCCCAGACUGGACCCAUGACUUCUCAGUCAGAUGUAAGUUACUUGACUUUUGCUCUUCCAGAUGUCCACAUCUUUGUGAUGAGUCGUGGCACUUUUGCUGGGAGAGUGUCGCUGUAGGACAUGAAAGAAAGAUGAAAGACUCAAAAUAUUUUAGAAGGUAGGGAGUAUUGAAAGCUUUAUUGCCUAAUUCUUACUACCUUUUAUAAGGUGUUCCAAUACAGACUUAACAUGAUUGGUGAAUAGUAAUGACACCUCUCUAAGUCCAUUGGUUAAACUAGAGAAACAGCAAAACACCACCUAGAGAAAGAUUGUUUUGAGAAAGGAUAGUUGUUCUGCCAAGAUUGUUUUGAGAAGAAGCUUUCUCAAGAACUUCUCCCUUGGGAAACAGUUAGCAUUAUUAGCAGGUUAAGUCUCUUAGACCAGAAGUAUCAGGCCCACAUCUCACCCUUUUCUGUAAAAAAUGGAAAAGGAAAAAGAACACUUGUUCCCCUCCCCACAUGGCCCUUGCAGAAAGCAGAACAAGUGCAGCACAAGAGGUUCCUUCAGCAAACCAUCAAACAGAACCUCAAUUGGGUACUGACUCAGUGUAGUCAGAGAGAUUUUUAGCACAAGCUGCCAAGGUAGAACACAAGAAGAGCAAAAUGUUCAGUGUCUCCUUGUAGAGGGACCAUCCAAAUGGUCAUCUGCAUCUUCUGCAUCUGAGUCAUCACUCAAAGAUUCAUCCACUUGAUGACUUUCAGUCUGGUCACGGUUUGAAGGUUGCCUGUUGGCCUGAGUCUGCCUUUGUGGUUGCAGGUCAGGACAAACACAUCUUGCAGUAUCUGUGGAUGCACAUGCAUACCCAUGACCUGAAGUGAUAAGCUCACAUGGGCAUUCCCACUGCUUGGUGGUUAAAUCUCACACCCGAACCUUCGCUCGAGGCUGAUGCAUCUCACCCGAAGCCUGCAACAAAAGCGAUGGUUCAAAAUGACAGGAUUAUUUGAAUUCUGUGGCACCGUAAGGUGACUGAUUGUAUACAAAUUUUGCCAAUCAACUAUGCAGGGUUUCACCCUGCAUUCCCUGCUUUUGUUUUUCAAGCGCCCACUUCAAGGUACCAUGAGUGUGCUCAAUGAUAGCUUGACCAGUUGGAGAAUGCAGAAUACCAAAUUUGUGUGAAACACCCCACAACUGCAUGAACUGCUGCACCUUCUGCAAGGCGUAAGCAGGACCACUGUCAGUCUUCACAUUACAAGGUAUGCCUAAAACAGCAAAAGCCUGCCUCCAAUGGGCAAUGACAUAGUGAGGUUUUUCUCCAGUAUGAGCAGAGGCCGACAUAGCAGAAGAGAAAGUGUCAACAGACAAGUCCAUAUAUUUGAGUCAGCCAAAUUCAGCAAUUUGGGUUACAUCUGCCUGCCAAAUCUGCAAGGCCUUGAGGUCUCUGGGGUUUACCCCUGUUGGUAAAGGCGCAGCAAGUGUGUGACAGUCACCAGAAGAAUUGACAAUGUCACGAGCUGGGGUCAACUGAAACUGCUUUUGCAAAGUAUGUGUAUUCUGAUAAUAGAAUGUGAUAAAUGUGAUGCCGUGGCUUGUGCGAGUUUAUCAGGCUGAGGUGCUACCCACAUGAGGUUAGCCAACUUGUCAGCCCUGGCACAACCUUCUGCUAUGAAACCUAGCAGAUUAGUCCCAAUCCGCACCCCCCAAGCCGCCAGCACAUCCCGCCCCCAGUGGUUGGCAAUAGCCACAGUGACAUAAGGCCAAACCACAGAUGACUGUCCCUCUGAGUCUGCGAUUAGCACAGGCUACUGGUUCACAAAACCAUGCCGUUCCAUCCAAUCCUGCGAUGGGCGACUCCACAGGAUCUAGAGGCCACUGCGGAGGCCACACAGAAAAGGAAAGGAUGGUCACAUCCAUGCCCAUGCCAAUCAGGCCUCGAAGGUGAAUUUCUGAUGGGGUGGCACUGGGGAGGCACAGAGUACACAGCAUUUCGGGAUGUCUGUCAGUCAGGAUUGCAGUCCAGUGAACUUAAGAUGGCCUGGUAGAUCUGAAGCAGCCGCCCCCUCAACACCAGUCCUCUGUCCUAGAAACAGAAGACUUAAAAGGCACAAGUUGAGCAAUGCGAGUUUUUGCAGAGAUAGUAAUGGGGGGGUGCGUGUGUGUGUAAACCACAGCACAAAUUUGUCCUGUAAAAUCUGCAUCAGUAAGUCCUAGAUGCACAAUGAUAACCUUAAGGGUGGCACUAGACCUCCCAACAAAGAAGGCACUUUUGCCUUCACCCAGGGGUCCAAAGGUAUCCAGGGGAACUUUGUGUACUUUGCAAGUGUCUAAGAUGACUGUUGCUGCCGUGCAGACAUCAACUCCAGCUGAGCCAUGGGUGCUGGCUGCAAGCUGGCUAAGCAGGCCUGCCUCGGCAUCGGGACCUGGGGAAGUUUUUGUGUCUGUGCGCAUUUCCCCUGAGCACUCAGCUUCCCGUUUCCCAAACUUGGCAAAGGCUGACUAUUGGCAUGGAGUUUUGUCGUACAAGCCUCUGCAUAGUGGUUUGGCUUUCCACACCGGCCACACAAACAUGAGGGAGUUUUUCCUUUCUGCCUUUGUUUUCCUUGCUUUUUGCUGGCUUGUGCAUUCACCUGUUUCUGCUGUCUGCCCUUCGGCCCUUUCCAGGAUGACUGUAAAGUAGUAGCCAAGGCAGCCAUCUUAUAAUCUGUGGUGCCUACAUUAGCAUAAGCUUGGACCAUGUCUGGAAGAAUCCCCAGAGAGGGCCUCAAUAAAAUUCCUGCAAGCUGCAUUGGAGUUGCUUUUUGCAAGCUGUUUGAGCAAGAGUGCUCUCAAAUUUUCAUCUUCCACCUGCUUCUCCAAAGAUGCAGAAAGCUUUUCAACAAACUGCAUGUCCUGGUUUGGGACAAAUUUGGGAAAAAACCCCUGUAUAGGAUCCCUUUAAGGAAGCAAACCCAAGUGGCCCCUCCCUCUAACCGGUCCGGUAAAAAAAAAAAAACAACCCUUUGGAGAAAAGUGGAAAAACUAUUUUACUAAACAAAUGAAGUGCAUACAAGUAUAAAGAAUGAAUAAUAUGAAACAAUAAAACCUCUCCUUCUGAAGUGAGAUGGCAAAUUGAGAAAGUCCUUGCCGUGGGUGUAGCUUGGCUCUCUCUCUCAGUGCCUCUCCUCAGUCCCAGUCUCUCCGGCACUGCUGGAAAAUGCCGAGGUCCAGGCCCCAGUGGGCCGCAGGUGCAGCCCCCAGUGCUCCCCUGGGUUUUCAGUCCAGAGCAGGUUUAAACAGUUCCAAGAAAAAGGAAAAAAAAACAGUCCAGGGAACUUCUCUGCCCUAGCUAGCUGAAACUAACUAAAAGCAAAACAAGAUCUCUGUCCUGCAGUCUCUCCAAGCCUCCGCCGAACACACUGUCCGCAGCAGAAUGUGGAGGAGUCAGGCAGUUUUCUCAAAACAAACUCUGCGCUUCUCUUUGCUCUUAGAACCAGUCUUAAAGGCACAGGACUCAAUAUACAGCACAAACAGAACAGACGAUUGGGGAUACAAGCAUCAUAAAGUUACCCUAGGACACUGCAAAAAAGGCUCUUUUGAUCCUUGGGCUAUAGUCACAAACCUCUGUUUUGAAGCACCUAAUUCUACUGGUUUUUACCAGUGCUGAAAUGCCUGUUUCUGGCACUGGUCCAGCACAUGAGGAGGACAGGUAGCCUGAAAAUCAGGGUUAGCAAAAUUGCCUACGCCUAUCAACUGAUCGCUUCCAACCCCAUACCUGGGGUUUUGUGGAAACAAUUGACUAUUCUGUGCUGCUACCCUGUCCUGGUUUUGAAAGACAGCUGUCUAACAGAGAAAACUAUAGCCUCCCUUGGAAUGGAGAAUGUAAACCCCCUUCCCUCCAAAUAAUUAUAAUUCUGCAAUUAAGGGUUCUCAGGCAAAGACAUGGGAAAUAGGACUAACAGUUCUUUACUAGGAAUAUUUUAAAAAAAAGGAAAAUACAAAUAAAGUAGUACAAAAAAAACCCAACAACAAAAAACCAAAAAACCACAAACAAACAACAAACAAACAAAAAACAACAAAAAACAAACAAACAAACAAAACUCCACAAGCAAGGAAGCAAACAAAGAUCCUGGAAAAAACUCGGACAGAGUCAGGGAUACGACCUGGAACCCUGGUGAUCAGGGUGUUGGAAGCAGUCCAGAUAAAUCCUCCUGGAGUAACAGCUGUGGUUCUGUGGAGUAGACAUGGUCCUGUAGAAAGUCCAGAGGUGAUGAGAUAGGACCAGCCUUCCUCCUGGAAUCCAGUGGAAAAACAGGAUACCUUCUGUCCUUCAGUCCCAGUUUUUAUCUAGCUAGGAACAGUUGGCUCCUCCCCUACUGUGUGGAGUAUCUCACAAUGGGAUGGUGUAAUGUCAUGCCAUUGGUGGGCCCUAAUGGCCCAUUAUCAGAAAAUGUCUACCUGGAGGAUGGAGGGGUGGUGAAAGAAAUAAGAAGCACUGACCCACCUGGUUUUAAUGGCUGGGCCAUUAUCAGAAGGCAUCUUCCUCCUUCCCCGCUAGCGUAAGGAGGAUAACACAUCUCCUAAAAACCAGCUUUCAACAGAUUAAAUAGGAUACACAUUUUUAGGUUACAUAAUCCAAUACAUACCCCUAUAGCCAGCUGCCUCCAGUUAGCUUCAAAAACUUCAAGCUGGAUAGGUUGAGACAACACCGGAGCCAGGUGUCUGGUAUCAUAUGAUGCUAACAGGUCAGCACUGAUGUCUCUAAUCAUCUGUAUUACCUCAGAAGAACCCAGACCAUAUUAAGCCACCUUAUCUUGAAGGUCCAUCAUAGCUUUCCAAGAUAUGACAUGGUGAGUGUCAGGCUGUCCUGAACCAGGAUAAGCCUUAAAUACAGGAAAAGCCUGGAUACCUCCUUGCAAGGUGAUAUUAUUCCUUUGGUCCAGCUCCACAGAUAUCACAGAAGCAGGGACAGACAUCUGGCUGGGGUUCAUAUCCAUAGCACCAGAUACCAUGUUCCUUCCGGUACCUGCAAAGCCAGAAAGACUACCUCCAGACCCCACGAGAUGGUCUACCACGUCCCAGUCCCCCAUUUGCAAAGCUUUGGCUUUCACUUGAUCCCAAAAACGCUUGGGGUCCCUAGAGCGAACCGUAACUUGGCACGGAGGAAGCGUCCAAUGACUACUGCUCGAAGAGGGACCACCGAUUCAGGGUCCUCUGCUCCGACUAAACGCCUGCCUCAGGACGGCUGUGUCGCCGCCCGACCCAAAGUGUCUGAAUAUGCAAAUAAAAAGAACACUGGAAUUCUGGGAACAACUCAAGAACAAGAGACUCUAAAAAGCAGAGAACCAAAGUAAAAUCCAGGACUGAAGUCGCACUUUAGACUAGUGCAAAAGAACAAUUUUGGAGACUCGUCCGGGAUCUGGCCACGCCUGAAGAGGGACCGAAGACGGGACGGCCGCUCGCUCUUCGGACCUCCGGGACAGCUGGCGAAGCGGGAGCAGCCUGGGACCGGCAACGAGGAGGAGCGCCGGAGGUUCUAAAGACUACCUGGAAGGAGAGGAAGUCACUAGAAAAUAUCUAAAAACCAUUGGACAAACCCUAGAAAAUCUCAGAAAGAAAGGCUAUCUUCCUCAAACUUCCCCUUUGGAUGCAAACGUGCAUAAUAUCAAUCCUGGAGAUUGGGUAUUGAUCAAAACGUGGACUAAUACCCCGCUGACCCCGAAGUUUGAAGGUCCCUACCAAGUACUGUUAACAACUCACACAGCAGUGCACACUGAAGAAAAAGGAUGGACCCACAUCACCAGAGUUAAAGGGCCAGUACCCCCUCCUGGAGAGAACCCGAGUUCAGCACCCUCACCGGAUGAAACCGAGUGGACAGUAACACCGCACCCGAAAGACUUGAAAUUAACCUUUAAAAAGAAAUAAGAGAUAACAGAGACUGUGAAAACCUUUUUUUCAGUUGCUUCUCCCCAAAUCAGUGGACUCAAAAAAAAAAAGGGGGGGGGGGGCACAAUAAGAGUUAAUUUAUGUAAACCUAAAUUAGGUUUUUUUUGUAAUUAGCAAUUUAGAUAAGUUUAACUAAUAGAUAUAUUAAAAAAAAAGUAUAAAGUUUUUUUUGUAUUAAUUUUACAUAUAGUUUGAAGUUUAAGGUUUCUUUUUAUAUAAUAAUUUUUAGAUUGUAAGUUUUCUAAGUAGCAAUUUAAAUAAGUUUAAGUAAUAGAUAUAUUAAAAAAGAGUUAAGGUUUUUUUGUAUUAAUUUUAAAUAUUGUUUAAGUUUUAUAAAUAGUGUUUUAAAUAAGUUUAAGUUUUCUUAUAUGUUAAUUUUAAAAGUUGUUAAGUUUUAUAAGUAGCAGUUUAAACAAAUUCAAGUAAUAGAUAAAUUAAAAGAGUAUAAGUUUUUUUUUGAAAACAAAGGUAGAUCUCCUACAGAACAUUCUCUAAGGGCAACUAAAUUAAUAGGGAAGGGAAGUGGAAGCAUGUAAGUGGGUUCUUUAGGAGACCUCUCCACUCCAAGAGGCAAGGCCGGGUGGAGCAAGAGAUCCAGGAAGGAUGGCCCAUACCGGACUCUUGGGAGGGAUCGUACUGAUGAUGUCCAUAAAGCACACCUAUGAAACAAAAGCCUGUACUAACUGCUACCAUCCAGUGUACGAUGGAGAGGAUCUCAGAUCCUUAUUCAGGGUCCAUACUAACGUGAACCCAAACUGCUUUGACCACUCCCAGUUGAAUACUUGCCAAGAGGAUGGAAAAGUUUAUUGGACCACAAAAAACACAGCUAGUUAUGCACAGCGCCUAUUUGGGGAAUGUCCUAUAGGAGACACUUGGUUAUGCUUUGAAGCAGAUCAAAAAGGAUUAAGAGAUAUAAUCAAAGAAAAAGUGUUGACAACAAAAUUUGAAAAAAGCCUAGACAUCCCAUCAGGAAAAAACCUGUUCAUUGACUUAGUAGAAAGAAUCAGUCGAGAAUUAAAUUUAACCGAGUGCUGGAUAUGUGGAGGUACACAAAUGUCUGAAAUAUGGCCUUGGGAGGGAAUUAGUUUAAGCCCUCUAGAAAUUCUAAAAUGGAAACAAACUGAACAGAAUACACGAAGUCUAAGAACAAGAGGAAGAGAGAAGUGGGAUCUCAAAUCUAAAAUCAUUGGGGAAGAAUGUAUCAUGAGGACAGGAACCAGGUAUCAAACCCGUGUAGGAAAAUUAAUGUGUAAAAGGUAUAUAAUAGUGAUAAACUUAAGUGCUAAAUGGGUUCCCAAAGGGCCUAACAAGUAUUGGUCAACUGAGAACACAGAAAAAUGUAUCUUUAAUGAGAGGUAUGAAUUAUAUGAAUGUAUUGACAAAGCUAUAAAUCCUUUUUGGGGAAUAAAAGAACUGUCUCGGUUUUGGCAACAGCCUUUUGAAACUAGGGAAGAUUACUGGGAAGCUCCAAAUCACCUGUUCUGGAUCUGUGGGGAUACUGCUUAUACAAAAUUACCUGGGGAUUGGUCGGGAAGCUGUACAAUAGGGAUCAUAAAGCCAGCUUUCUUCCUAUUACCCAAGAGAUUAGGAGCACACCUAGGAGUCCCAGUAUAUGACAAUCUGGGAAAAGUCGAACGAAAGAAAAGAGAUACUCUAACAAUUGGUGGAGACCAAAAAUGGAAAGGAAAAAUAUGGACCCCAGAAGAAAUCAUUAAAACCUAUGGACCAGCCACAUGGGCACAGGACGGGUCCUGGGGGUAUCGCACUCCAAUCUACAUGUUAAAUAGAAUCAUCAGGCUCCAGGCUGUCCUAGAAAUGGUAUCUAACCGAACAGCUCUAGCAUUAGACCACAUCAGUGACCAACUAACACAAACAAGAGCUGUAAUAUACCAAAUACGUCUGGCUGUAGACUACCUUUUAGCAGAUGAAGGAGGAAUCUGUGGUAAAUUUAAUUCGUCUGAAUGUUGUUUAGAAAUUGAUGAUAAAAGUGCAGUAAUUAAAAACAUCUCAAAAGAAAUCAGAAAGCUAGCCUAUGUGGGAAAUCAAGAGUGGACUCCUUUAAUGGACACCAACUGGUGGAAUAGUUUUUGGUCAUUCAAAGGGGAUUGGUGGAAGAAAGCUGGGUUUAUGAUAAUUUGCUCAAUCACCGGGUUAAUGUUUUUACCUUGUCUAAUCCCAUAUCUAAUUCGAACUAUUACCUCCACAGUCCAAGCCAGUAUCCAGAUCCCUAAAGCAACCAGUCAAAAACAAACCAAAAUGAUGGUGAUAGAGAGUCAAGGACCUGAACAUGAAAAUGCCAAAGAAAUAUAUGAAAAGUUCCAAAAAUGUAGAAAAAUUUAUUUUCAAGAAGAAGAGGUAACAAAUUGAUGCGAGCUAAAGCUCGAUCAAAGAAAUAGAGGGGGGAGUUGUUAUAAAUAAGUUCUAUUCGAAUAAUCUAUGUUUUAGUUACUUAAUUGUUAAGUAAUUUCAUUAAGAUUGUUAAUGCUAGUUCUGUAUAAAGAAUUUGCCUUAUUCCUGUUUUAAUAUUGAUUUAUCACCUUAUUUACUUGUUUGUUAAUUAAGAAUUCACCUUAUUACCUGUAUCUCUGCUCCCAUUCGCCGGAUAGUGUCUGAAUAUGCAAAUAAAAAGAACACUGGAAUUCUGGGAACAACUCAAGAACAAGAGACUCUAAAAAGCAGAAAACCAAAGUAAAAUCCAGGACUGAAGUCGCACUUUAGACUAGUGCAAAAGGUACGGGGGUCCGCCGAAGCAGUUUUAUUUAGUCGCCGUGACCUGAGAAGGAGUCCCCCAUCGCUGGAUGACCCCUGAUCAGCGAAGCGAAACGGACUCCCCGGCAAGGGGAAAAAGCCCGUGAGGGGGGGUGGGAGUCCCCAGCUUUGCUGUGAAGCGAAGCUGUGUGUACCUCCUCCUCCGCGUUGCCAAGAGAGCAAGCAAGCUCUCCCCCAAGGCCAAGCUUGAUAAUAA